GUUUAUUGUUAAUCUCUCCUCGGCCAUCACCGAGCGAGCUGCGAGACAUCGGAGCGACCGACCCAACGUUUUAGUGACGGAUGUGAAUCGGCCUCUUCUCGAGAGGCGUGUCCGGCCCCUCUCUGUGAUCGACGUCAGGGAUAAGGGCGAAGUGACGCGGACGCGGGGUGACGAAACUUCACCACUGCCUCCCCUCUGCCUGCCCUGCUGCUGGUGGUGGUGGUGGCAAUAAAGCGACGGGGACCGCUGUGAACUCUCUCCACCACCUCUUCUAUUUCAAAGUAAUCGAUCCUCUUCGUCAUCGUAGUCAUCGUCAUAGUCAUCGUUAUUGUAGUAACGUCGUCGUCGUUCAAGUUGUCGUUUCUGCUUCCGUCGAAGACACCUUCACCCCGCGGACGUUUAAAACCACGGGGCGCGGGGCUGUCAAAUUAUUUAUUUGAAUAUUUAUUUAUUCCAAACGUGUUGCGCCUUCUUAAAAGUCCCCGGGGGAGGCAAUCAUCGUCGUCGGCGCUUGUGCCCACAGACUUUCUCAUCUCUCCUACGUUGGUGGGGUUUUAAGUUGUUUUUCGCUGGAGUUUCGUGGUGGGGAUUUUUUGUUUAAUUAGUUACUUAGUUCGUCAAGAAGACAACAGCUAAGAAGCGAACACAACAUGACGGUGGAGAAGGAGAGAAAGCGUGCCACAUCCGAACGACGCAAAGAGAAAUCUCGAAAUGCAGCGAGAUGCCGGCGCAGCAAGGAGACGGAGGUCUUUUGUGAACUGGCCCGUGAGCUGCCAUUGCCGCAAAGUGUCAGCGCAAGCCUAGACAAGGCGUCCGUCAUGCGCUUCGCCAUAAGCUUCCUGCGGAUGAGAAAACUGCUCGCCUCUGAUGGAUCCACUGAACACAUUGAUUCAAUGGGCGACAUCGAUCCAGCUUUUCUCAAGGUCCUGGAAGGAUUUUUCUUGGUCAUGAAUCACGAUGGAGACAUAGUUUAUCUGUCAGAUAAUGUCAGCAAGUACCUUGGAACCACACAUGUGGAUCUUGUUGGGCAGAGUAUUUUUGAUUUUACCCAUCCAUGUGACCAUGAAGAAAUUAAAGAAAUACUCUCAUGCAAACAAGGUUCGGCAAAAAAAAAUAAAGAGACCCCAACUGAAAUUGACUUUCUGAUGCGUAUGAAGUGCACUAUCACGAACAGGGGCAGAACUGUCAACCUGAAAUCUGCCUCAUGGAAGGUGCUCAACUGCAGUGGGCACCAGAAGGUGUGUGGCAGCAGCAGCUCGACACAAACCGAAAGUUCCCAUGGCUUCAAAGACCCGGCACAAACUUAUUUAGUCCUCAUAUGCCAGCCCAUCCCACAUCCUGCUGAGUUGGAGGCUCCUCUGGACAGCCACACCUUUCUCAGCCGCCACACCCUGGACAUGAAGUUUUCCUAUUGUGAUGACAGAGUCGUUGACCUGAUUGGAUAUUGUCCAGAGGAGCUUUUGGGAAAGUCUGUGUAUGAAUACUAUCAUGCAUUAGACUCUGAUAACAUUACCAAAAGCCACCAUAGCUUGUUUUCAAAGGGACAGGCAAAGACCGGGCAGUACCGCAUGUUGGCCAAACAUGGUGGCUACGUUUGGGUGCAGACGCAAGCCUCUGUCAUUUACAACAGCCGCAGUGCUCAGCCACAGUCGGUUGUCUGCAUCCACUACGUGCUAAGUGGGGUAGAGGAGAACACGACCAUCUUCUCGUUGGAGCAGACGGAGCGGCUCUUCAAGCUGCAGGACACGGCGCAGGGGGCUGAGGGCGACGAGGCGUGCCCAAGAGAGGCACCCCAAACAGUUGACAGUGGCCGGCUGUACGCCAUGCUGAAGGAGGAGCCCGAUGAGUUGGCUCAGCUGGCACCAACUCCUGGCGACACCAUCGUGCCCCUUCAAUUCAACAGCACCGGUUGUGGGUUACAGAAUUACAACAGCGCGCCUCUCUGCGACGACACGACUCGGUGUGACCCAGACACGAAGAGGACUGGCAAGCAGGCACCGACUGACUCAGGAGACACACAAGUGUCCCCUUUUACCGCACACCAAAUGUCAACUCGCACAUCAACUCCCAGCUCAUCAGAGACGGGAAGCUCCUGUCCAGGAAGCCCAGAAGAUGUCUAUGCCAGCUGCAAUGACCUGCGUGUGGAGUUAGUGGAGAAACUUUUUGCUAAAAGUACAGACAUACAAAACUCUUACACUCAGGACGAUUAUAGUACAGUGGACCUUGAGAUGGUUGCACCUUAUAUUCCAAUGGACGGAGAAGAUUUCCAGCUGUGUUCACUAAGCCUUCAGGAGCAAAUGGCCACACCGUCACCCUUGCAGCUUUCAAAUGCAUCACCAAAUCCCCUGUCAAGAAUGUACCAGCACUGUUGUCGUCAAGGAUCAUCCAUAAAACUGCAGAUACCGUCCCACUCGCAGCAACCACAGGCUGCAUCCAAGCUUCCAGAUGCAUGGGCUUCACAGGGCAUCAUCGUAACAAAGCCUGCCAUAUAUAAUGACAGCAGUUUCUAUGGAGCCACAGAUCAAGGCUUGGCUGCUGCUGGGAAAUGUGGCAGUUCAUGGCCAUACAAAUCAAACUCUUUUAGCAACUUAUAUGAUGGGAGGCAUUUUCUGGAUGGUGAAAAGGGAUUUAAGCGAGACGCUUCAGUGGCUGCACAGAUGCAAAUGUACCAAAGAUGUUUGGGAAAUCGCACACAGGACUUUGGACCUUGCAAACGUUCUCCCGAAUUAAGUAACCUAAAGCGGAAGUGGCACCUUGAUGGUGGAAUCAAUUUCAAAAACCCGUAUACGCACAUGGUGUAUGAAGAUGCAGCUGCCACCACAUUGUCAUCACACCCCCCGUGGAAACGCAGCAAGGUUUGGGAUGACACGAGUGGAAAGGGAGUCCCACAGGCAAAAUCUUUGUCAUUUUCAAACAUUAGAGUGCCUUGCGACAACAAAACAAGUGACCAAACUGGCAUGAGUCAACUGAAGGGCUUCAAGCCAACACAUUUGACCAGAGCAUGUCCACCACUUCAACAGCAGUAUUUGUCAACCUCAAAGCCUACAGGAUUGGCAAGUUGCUUACUUGGAAGAUCAUUUGAAGGUGUACAUCUGCCAACGCUCACAAGUUAUGAAUGUGAAGUCAACGCUCCUGUCCAGGACAUCCAGAACCUUCUGCAGGGAAAAGACCUUCUCAUGGCUUUAGACCAGGCAACCUAAAAUCAUAGC